UGCAGAUUCAACACGAAGCCAAGUUCCAUACACGGUGUGCGUCCAUACGUGGAGCAUGGACGUCAAGUAUAAAUAUGCAAUCGUACGGGUUAAGGAAUCGUCGGUAAUCGACUUUUUCGGGCUGAUUGCAUCCAACGGCUACUCGGACGUGUCCUUCGUGAGCAACCUGAAUCAGGCGAUAGCGCGUCCGGACCCGAACGACGAUGCCGGAGCGUCGACGUCGAUGAAAAACGAUGAUCGUGUUGCUGAUUCGGAAGACCAUUGCUCUGUCUCUGCCACUCCUGUCUCACCUGGUGAGGAGUUCACAAACGGAAGUGCUUCGAAACGGUUGGCAAAUGCGUUCAAUAUCAACGUAACUGUACCGAAAGUGGAAAAGGACAGCGAUCCUGCUUUGGAGGACGAAGGCGAGGAUGGUGGCGACUUGAACUUGGACUCGUUUGCACAAGGAUCCGCUCCCAUUGACUUAGUUACGGGAUUAUUUGCAACGGGUCAAUUGACGCAUCUUUUGCAGCAUAAGAUCCCCAACCUCGGAUCUGACUGGAACCCGUCUUCCGACAUGAAGGCGCGACAAUUCAUCUCCAACCAUUCGCGAUUACCUCCUUAUAAGCAGUUGGAAGGAUUCCAGACGCGGAUGAAGGGUUGGCAACGAGAGUAUAUCAAGGACAUUAUCAAAGAAGGGCAUUAUCCGACGGAAGAAGAGCUCAGGGAUAUAGAAGUAAAAUGUGACCUCAGUCGAAAGCAGGUUCUCAGAUUCAUUGCCAAACGCGUUGGAAAUCCAAAUCGAAAGCCUCGUGACGGUCGACUACCUCCAGCCACUCCGGAAGAAAUCCAACAAACGUUGGAAAAAUUCAACGGCACCUCCGCAUAACUCAUUUGUUGUUCUAGUUUCUAGUUCUGCUCUCACUGUUCAUCGACAACGAUGGUAUCCCGACGCUCAGACCGAUACCAACGAACUCCGCUUACACUUGGCUUUAUUACUUGACUCGCUGCCCUCUCUCCCCCUCCCUUGUAAGUACAAAAGGUGCGGCGAGUUCCGCGCUCAGCUCUCUCUAGGCAAUGAUUUGAAGCAUGACGACAGUAACGCACGUUGUGUAAUCUCUAGUGUAUUAUA